AUGGAGCCGGUCUCUAUCUUGUUGGCAACAGGUGCCAUUGCCAUCUAUGCUGCGCAUCGCGCGGAACAGAUGUCGGAGAAGGCACGGCGGGGCCCCAUCACCCUGCCGGAGAUGAUGGAUGCGAAGAAUGUGGACGACGAUGCCCCUGUCCAGCUUCUCGCCGUCCACGUGCGCAGCGGUCGAUUCCGCCAGGGUUUCCUUGGGCAGCAGCUCAAGGUGCGUGUAAAGUACGGCGACCCUGGCGUAUCCAUCCACUGCGACACCACACAG